GAAACGAUCCAAGCGCCGAAGCGUCGUGUAUAGCUACAAUGAGCUCCAUCUUUGAGGUCGAGCAGCUCCAAGCCAAGUACAAUCUCCCUCCUCGAAAGAUCUACGAACUCCACGCUCGAUUUCAAGCAGCGAUCAAGGGGGACAUGCGCGACCCAAACGUCAAUACGACAAUUCUCACGGCGCUCCUUCGCUCGUGCAUCGAGCCCAACACGACCGAGCCAUCGUUUUCCCGGUUCGUCGAGCACUACACGCUCUUCUCAUCCGACAAGCUGCCCGACAAGCUGCAAGCAAUCCACCAGUGGCUGCUGCUUAUGGCCCACAAGGAGACGCCUACGAGCAUGAACGAUCUCUCUCCAAGCGACCUCCGAGGGAUUCUAGCACCGUACUCGAGUGACCCUGCGCUCUUAAGCCUUCAGAUCAACGACAUGCUGCCGACGACCGAGUCGACGGGGCUGUCGGCAGCAGCCUUUGCAUCGUACGUGACGACGCGACGUCCCGUGCCGGAGCUCGCGACGAUGUUGUCGCAAACCAAGUAAAGGUGGAUGGAUGAAUUUGGAUUUUUAAACA